CACCUGUUGCUGUUGAUGCGCGAAAAAGAAGAAGCACUUCACGUAACAAAAACUAAACCCAACCCACAAUGUUGAGUCCUAGUUGUUUGGCCCUUAAGUGUCAACCGCUGCUUCGCUACUCCGCGAUUAGACUGUUGUCUAGCAAGGUGUCGCAGGAUCGAGUGCGUAUAGUUGAAGUGGGCCCCAGGGAUGGAUUGCAAAACGAGCCUAAACUUUUACCGGCAGCCGUCAAAAUCGAUUUGAUCGAUCGCCUAUCUGAAACCGGAUUACAAACGAUUGAAGCUACCAGCUUUGUGAGUGCCAAAUGGGUGCCGCAAAUGGGCGACAAUGCGGAAGUGCUGCGCGGUAUUCGCCGGGUGCCUGGAAUUAGUUACCCAGUGCUCACACCUAAUCUAAAGGGCUUUGAAAGCGCCUUGGCUGCGGGUGCCGAAGAAGUUGCAGUGUUUGGUGCCGCUUCCGAUGCCUUUUCGCUGAAGAACGUUAAUUGUGAUGCAGCGGCAGCCAUUGAGCGCUUUAAACCUGUACUGGCAGCUGCCAAGCAACAUGGAAUCCGAGUUCGUGGCUACGUGUCCACCAUUGUGGGUUGUCCUUACGAAGGCGCCGUGGCACCCAAAGCCGUCGUCAAAGUGGUUGAGGCGCUGCACCAAAUGGGCUGCUACGAGAUCUCCCUGGGCGACACCAUUGGCGUUGGAACGCCGGGCAGCAUGCGCCGUAUGCUGGACGAAGUGUCGCGCGCUGUGCCUGCAGACCAACUUGCCGUGCAUUGUCAUGACACUUAUGGCCAAGCAUUGUCCAACAUCUUGACCUCACUGGAUUACGGCAUCAGGGUGGUGGAUGCCUCGGUCUCGGGGCUGGGCGGAUGCCCAUAUGCACGAGGCGCCUCUGGCAAUGCAGCCACCGAGGAUGUGGUUUAUAUGUUGCACGGCAUGGGCUUGAAAACUGGAGUCAAUUUGGAUAAACUAAUUGAAGUAGGACGUUUUAUAUGCACCGAGUUGGGCAGACCGUCCGAGUCCAAGGUGAAUCGCGCCUGGAAGGGACCACAAUCGCAGAAGAUCUAA